GAAAUCCAACCAAACUACAAACAUUUCUCUACUGUUUCUCUCUGCUUUUUCUUUUUCUUUUUCUCUCCGGUCUCCAACGACAACAAAAUUUAGAAAGAGGGAGAGAAACAAAAGUAGAAAAAAGGAAAAAACUUUCCCUUUAACCAAACAAAAGAGAGCCAUCAAAAGUGGGAAUUUAGAAUUUUUCCCUUUGGAUUCCUUCACUUUGAUCACUCUGCAACUUCCUCAGAUUUUCUUUUUUCUCAAUCUCUGGUUCCCUUUUCAAAUUCAAAGCCACUGAAACUCAACUGGGUCACUCUCCACUUCUCGUUCUAUUAUCUACUACUAUUUAUCUGCUAUUUUAGCUUUUCAUUUUGGGUUUGUUUUGAAAGGAUAAAAGGUGGGUUUGGUUUGGUUUGCCUUUUUUUGGUUGAGUUCUUGAGGUAGCUGUUGGUGGGUGGGUCUUUUGGUCUUUUCUGCUUUCGUUCAUUUUCCUAUUUCAAAUUGUUUUUGAAGGUGACUGAAGAUUUUUGUCGUGUAAUUCAAGACUGCAAGUUAUUGGCUUUCCAUAACUGUCAAUUUUAGUCAACCCAAGAGGGAUCUGUAAGAUUCUGACUGCCUUAAAAGCUCCCUUUUUUCAUGGUUUGUUUUUACUUAUUCAGUGGAACCUUUUGCACACGAUUGUUUGCCUGUUGUUUGUAUUUAUGAGAAGUGUUCUUUAGAUAAGAGUUGUUGUUUUGUGGGGUUGGAAGAUCUAUCAGCUAAGUGUUGUGAUGUGUGAUCACAAGCAACAGUUUAGGCUUUGUAUUUGUUUGCUCUGUACUGCCAAAUUUUAGGUUCAUUUCAGCUAGGGAGGAAGAGGGGAGAGAGAGGAAAGAAUUGAAAGAGUGAGGACUAAUCUGACUACUGUGGAGAUCUGGGACUUGUUUAAUCUCUUAUGCCCCAUGAGGGCUUCCUUUACCUCUGAUUCCUAUAAAGAAUCACAACUCGACUCCUUAAAUCCGCAGUCAUGGCUUCAAGUUGAAAGAGGGAAGCUUUCGAAAUUCUCUUCACGGUCUUCUUCUUCUUCAUCCAUAGAAUCACUUAUCAAGGUCCCAGAACCACCAGUGCAACCAUUCUUUAAACCUGUUGAUUAUGUAGAAGUUUUAGCUCAGAUUCAUGAAGAACUUGAAUCGUGCCCUCCGCAAGAGAGGUCGAAUCUCUAUUUAUUUCAGUAUCAACUGUUUAAAGGCCUUGGUGAAGCCAAAUUGAUGCGAAGAAGCCUCCGCUCUGCUUGGCUGAAGGGCAGCACUGUGCAUGAGAAGCUUGUAUUUGGAGCAUGGUUAAAGUAUGAGAGACAAGGGGAGGAGCUCAUUUCAGACUUGCUUGCCACUUGUGGUAAAUGCGCACAAGAGUCUGGCCCAGUAGAUGUUUCCUCCGAGCUUGAUGUUGAUAUAAGUUCAGGUUCCCAUGAGACACUUUCGAUGAUGAAUGGCAAACAUAUUUUAAGAAGCGUCUCUUUUAAAAUUGGAGAUGAGAAAAUUGUUUGUGAUAGGCAGAAAAUUGCCAGCCUUUCUGCUCCGUUUCAUGCCAUGCUUAAUGGAUGUUUCUCUGAAUCACUAUGUGAACACAUAGAUUUAUCUGAAAACAACAUAUCGCCUUUGGGUUUUAGGGAAAUAAGCGAGUUCAGCAUGACUGGUAGUUUGAAUGAAGUGUCUCCAGAUAUUUUAUUGGAAAUAUUGAUUUUUGCAAAUAAGUUUUGUUGUGAAAGGCUAAAAGAUGCAUGCGAUAGGAAACUUGCAUCCUUAGUGUCUUCCCGAGAUGAUGCUGUCCAGCUCAUGGAAUGCGCUCUCGAAGAGAACUCCCCUGUCCUUGCUGCAUCAUGUUUGCAAGUUUUCUUACAGGAGCUACCUGAUUGCUUGAAUGAUGACCGGGUGGUGGAAAUAUUUAGCCAUUCUAAUAAACAACAGAAAAUGACCAUGGUUGGAUCAGCCUCAUUUUCAUUAUAUUGUUUGUUGAGUGAAGUUGCUAUGAACCUUGAUCUGCAGUCUGAUAAAACAGCUUUUUUUCUGGAUCAGUUGGUAGAGUCAGCGGAAACUAACCGACAGAAGCUGCUGGCCUUUCAUCAAUUGGGUUGUGUUCGGCUCUUGAGGAAAGAGUAUGAUGAAGCUGAACAUCUUUUUGAGGCAGCUUUAAAUGCUGGUCAUAUAUAUUCUGUAUCAGGCUUGGCUAGGCUGGGUAACAUCAGAGGUCAUAGGCUUGGGGCUUAUGACAAGCUCAGUUCUGUGAUUUCAUCUGUUACUCCGCUUGGAUGGAUGUACCAGGAGAGGUCCUUGUAUUGUGAAGGUGAUAAGAGAUGGAAAGACCUUGAAAAAGCAACUGAGUUGGAUCCAACCCUAACAUACCCCUACAUGUAUCGCGCUGCUUCUUGGAUGAGGAAACAGGAUGUUCAAGCUGCGCUUGCAGAAAUCAAUAGAAUUCUUGGUUUUAAAUUGGCAUUAGAAUGUUUGGAACUCCGGUUUUGUUUCUAUCUAGCCCUUGAGAAUUACCAAGCAGCGAUCUGUGAUGUUCAGGCAAUUCUUACGCUCUCCCCUGAUUAUAGGAUGUUUGAGGGACGGGUGGCUGCAUCCCAACUCCGUACUCUUGUGCGUGAGCACGUUGACAAUUGGACAACAGCAGAUUGUUGGCUGCAAUUGUAUGAUAGGUGGUCUUCAGUUGAUGAUAUAGGUUCCCUCUCUGUCAUAUACCAGAUGCUUGAAUCUGAUGCUGCCAAAGGCAUUCUAUAUUUCAGACAGUCUUUGCUCCUCCUUAGGUUGAACUGUCCUGAGGCAGCCAUGCGAAGUUUACAAUUAGCCCGCCAACAUGCAUCAACUGAACAUGAACGUCUAGUUUAUGAAGGUUGGAUCUUGUAUGAUACGGGUCAUUGCAAUGAAGGGCUUCAAAAGGCAGAGGAGUCUAUCAACAUCAAGAAGUCUUUUGAAGCUUUCUUCCUUAAAGCUUAUGCUCUCGCUGACUCUAGUCUGGAUCCAUCUUGCUCUUCAACUGUUAUGUCCCUGCUUGAAGAAGCUCUUAAGUGCCCUUCAGACAGAUUGCGCAAAGGCCAGGCACUCAACAAUCUUGGAAGUGUCUAUGUUGACUGUGGGAAAUUAGACUUGGCAGCUGAUUGUUACAUUAAUGCUCUUAAGAUCAGGCAUACCAGAGCACACCAAGGACUUGCUCGAGUUCAUUUUCUCAAAAAUGAUAAGAUUGCUGCAUACGAGGAAAUGACAAAACUGAUUGUGAAGGCCCAGAACAAUGCAUCUGCCUAUGAGAAGAGGUCGGAGUAUUGUGAUCGAGAACUGACGAAAGCAGAUCUUGAGAUGGUUACACAAUUAGAUCCCCUUCGAGUGUACCCUUACAGAUAUCGAGCUGCAGUUUUAAUGGACAGUCACAAGGAGAAAGAAGCCAUUGCUGAACUUUCAAGGGCGAUUGUAUUUAAAGCAGACCUUCACCUUCUACACUUGCGGGCGGCUUUCCAUGAGCACACUGGUGAUGUAUUGGCUGCUUUACGUGACUGUCGUGCUGCUCUCUCUGUGGACCCAAACCAUCGAGAGAUGCUGGAACUUCAUAGCCGAGUAAACAGCCAUGAGCCCUGAAUUCACAAGGAUCCAAAAUCAUCCAAGUGCAUAUAACAAAUACUUCAGUUUUAUCAUCCCAAUGCAUACCAGUGAGCAUGUUAAUGCCCAUGUCACAUCUAUUCUUUCCUGGCCCCUCUUUCUUUCUUUCUCCAUUAAUUUAUGCUCUUAGGUGUUUUGUAAUUUAAUUUAAUCAAUAUCUGAAAAUAUCAAUGUUCUUCCUCCUUA